UAUUGGUCUGAACUGGGGAACUAAUUAUAAGGCAGGUCUGAAACAGGGUAUUGACUUAAGAGUCGGGUCAUAAAUAAGGAAAGGGAAAAUCGCAGACUUUGGUCUUAAAUAGGGAAAGGGUUUUGGGGGGCGGGCUGUACACCCUCACCCAAUUUUUCUGGGAGUACCCACCCCGGAUGCUAUCACUGUAAUUUCAAAACAAGAAAUGAGGCAACUAUAAACAACAGAUCAGUUUAGCUUAAAGCUGGCUUUAUUUAACACAGAGCCGCGUAAACGUUCCUGAAAUGGUAUUAUAACUGUGACAGUCUGUUUUAGGAAAGUAUUUUUGAUAAAGGGUCGUAAAUACCUAAGUCCCAAAAAACUAAAAUCAAGCCUAACAUAAGAAAAAUAACAAUGCACACUUCCUGAGAAUAAGAGAACAGGUAUAAAUAACAAAAAUCGAUUGCCAGUCAGGGUCAGAACGGGCCAGAUCAAGUCAGAUCGAAUCGUUUUUGUAAAAAUACCGGAAGUGAAAUGCGCUCCUGUUUACGUUAGCCAUAGUUUAGUGAACUGGAGGUGGACCAAGGUGGGUACAAUACAAAUCGCUGUUUCGACACGGGUACCCUUUGUGGAUCGAUGACUUUCAUUUUGAAAGGUGAUCGAGGAGACAAUGCGGUUUAUACAAAUCAAAGGCCCUUUCGGACAGCGUCGUAUCAAUUGUGUUAGAGUACAAAGAAAUCCACUGCAGAACCAAAGUGUAACGCCACUUCAACUGUCAUACAACUGCCAUGACGGUUUCAUGUCGCAAAAAACGCGGGAAACUUGUCGUUCCCAGUCCUCGCCCUAUACUACAAGAUGGUGGACGCACAGCAGUAAGUGUGAUGAAGAAUGAAUAUUUAUCAGUUUACUAUUUACAAAACAUUUAUUCACGAUUGCUUUACCUCAGUUUAGAAGCUUUCUGUCUUGAGAGCCGCCGUGUUUUCUCUACUAGGCAGAUUCCAAGCCCUGAGAGGGACAAUCUGAAAUCGAUUUGCUUUGACACGAACUGUCCGUGCAACCGACACCAUGAGCCCAUCAUUAUAAAAUGUGAAAAGUGCAGACAGGAAUCCAUGGGUGAAAUCACAUCCUCGCGAGAACUGCUUCAUAAUGGAACUACCAAUGACUUCGCAAGCUCAGUUGUUAAUUUGUUAAAGGGAGCAGGGCUGCUAGGAAACUUAGCAGAGAUUGCAGAGAAGAAAAGAGCCCAAGAUGAACAUGUGCUAACAGAUAAGCUGGAAAUGGUUAAAGGUAUAUAGUAAUCUGAGUGUGCAAUCUUGCUGUCUGGAUUCUUAACUAAAGCAAACAAGGUCUUUAAAUUUUCAGCCUUGUUUUGUACAAAUUAAAUCAAAUUACUUAAUAAUAGACAAUAUUAUGUUUUUGUUUUGGCAAUUUUUUGAAGCACCCUGAAACAGAUUCCAGUCCUAGGUUAAUAGGCCAUUUCCGAGUUACCUUUUGCCUCUGUUUCAAAAUGAACCAUCGUGCAAAAUCUUUCUUAUGGAAAUGAGUUUGAUUUAUGUGAAAAUGGUAAUUUUACUUGUAAAAUGGAGUUAACAACUUAAAGCAUGACAAGGAUAUCACACAUGUGUAUCAUUCCUUUAGUCACACUAUACUGCAACUCAAUGUUUGACUAGGUUUAACAACUGUCAACACUUGUGGUUAAGUCAUGAAAGACAUUUACAUGAGCAGACAUUGCUCUUCGAUGUGUGUGAGAUAAACAUUACUCUGUCCUUGGAACUACAAUAACAAUUACAUUCAACAAGAAUAAUUGUGAUCUAUUAAUUUCUUUGCCCUAUAUGCUUAAUCCCGGUUUGCGUGUCGGAAUGCAGGCAGCCUAAACAAAACUCUAUUAUUAUGUGUAAUGGAUACAAGAUAAACGAUAUGAAGUUAUCAUUUAUAAUUACUGCUUGCCUGUUCUCAUACCGAACAACGCCUUGUGUUGUCAUGACUCUCACUUGUGCAAGUAGCUAGUUUGCGAUUUGUCUGUAUUUUCCCCACUUCCCACGGCCAUUAUCAAUAAGCAGCUGGACUACAGGGUUGGGUGCACACCUGCCACUUAGCUUUGCACGUAGCAGACUGGGUGGGACCCUGACCCCACCUCAGGCUUAUAUCUAUCUGAGUGUGGCAUGCGCCACACUUGUUGGCUAAUCCCUUAUUUCCAGGUGUGGCACA